AUGUCAUCUACUACUACAGUGUCUACAUAUAGAGCGCUUUUAAAGUCGCUGGUCCGCAGUGGAAAGCACAAUAGAUUGCAACAGUUGGAACAAGAAAGAAAGAAACAGAUUGCGAUGCUGACGUAUCAGAGGAUGCAAUUGGUUAGAGACCAGCAGAGUUUUAAGGGCAAGUCUUCUCUGGAACAAUCGAAACUGAUAAAGCAGUUGAAUGCGGUUGGAAAGAAGAUUGAGGAGUUGAAGAAGGAAGAUUUAUCUAAAUCUAAGCAGCUUUUGUUCUAUAGCCAUAGCGGACAUUUGAAGGAGAUUGUCAAGUCGUUGAAGGACGAUGCUCGUUCGUUGGAGCACUUGAAGGAUAUCUCUGCGUUUGUGAUCAACCAAAGCGAGUACGAGGAGUUGAUCGAGAGGUACAACCCGGGUUUGAAAAUGUCACAGGACGAGAAAGUGCAAAGGACUGCGAACAGAGUGGGUCUUCAAGUUCCAGAGUAA